AUGUACUCCAAAGCUGGUGAAAUGGAUGUUCCUCACCUCUUGUUUGACAAAAUGUCCAAACCAGAUCUCGUUUCAUAUAACUCUUUGAUUUCUGGGUAUUACCAGAUGGGUGCUUUCGAUAAAGCCAUGCAGGUGCUUACUCAAGCUAGAAAAGCAUGUCUAAAACUUGAUAAAUUCACUUAUGAUGGUGCUUUAAAUGUUUGCGCUCAAACUGGGGAUCUCAAGCAAGGGAAGUUAAUUCAUGGAUUGAUUGAAAAAGCAUUUUUGACCUACUCCUUAAUAGAUGUGUAUUGCAAAUGUGAAUGUGUUGAUCAGGCAAUGUUUCUGUUUGAGAAUUCCAAGGAGAUAGAUGAGAUUUCAUGGAAUACAUUGAUUGCUGGUUACGUUCGCGCCAUUGCUACGAUGACCAACCCCUUGUAUAUCCUCCAUGAACUCUCCAAACAAGUCAAAGACUCCAAUCCCAAGCUUGUUGUGACUGUCCCGGAGUUGUUGGACAAGGUUAAGGGUUUCGAGUUCCCUGUAAUUUUGCUUGGUCCUGGACGAAACCAACCACCAUAUGAAGUAAAACAAUAUCCCAAAGAUACUGUCUUUUCACAAUCUUCUGGAUUUAGCGGGGGAUGUACAAGAAUUUCCUGUGAUUUCUAUUAA